AUGGUAAACUCAACCGCCACCGCGGCGGCUGCAGCCGAGGUGGACGCUUAUGCACAGACUCUUGUAGGCCUUGUGAACAGAUUCGUUAUUAGCACUGUGCAGUUUCUCAACCGCUUCUCCGACGAGUGUGAAUCGAGACUGGUACAGACCGAAGUGUCGCUCCAGCAACUAGAGCUGCAGACGCAACUCUUGGAGCAUAUGCUCCUCUCCAGCGGGGCUGCCGACCCCGACGCAGUCGAAGAAGAGGAGGAGGGAGGUGAGCGCUUCGACGGCAACGAUGACGGCGCUUCGUGCCUCGAGGAUGGUGACGACCAGGAUAUGAUGAGAGACAACGGUAGCGUGGCGUCAGUAGCGUACGACUAUCGCCAACGCCACAGCCGCGGUGGCGGUCCUCGUGCCUUCAGCAAGAAGAGUGAUGUAGAGAGCGUGCUGGGCCUGCCGGCAUCACCAUCGAACAAUCGCCGCAGUGGUGGCCCGCCCCCGCCGCCUGGCGACUACCGCAAAGGUCCCCCAAGACCGCCGCCUGGGAUGUCACGUGCGGCUGCCGCAGCGCAGGAAGCCGAGGCGGCGCGUGCCGCCACCCUGUCGAUCGUUGGCGCACCGGUGCUCAUGCCACCGCUUUCAGCUGAAGCCCCGGCCCCGCCUCCACCGCUGGAGUUGCGCCCCGGUCGGUUACUUAUGCGGAACCAUCCGAGGCUUCGUGGCUACUUUCAGCUGUUAUCUCUGCGCGUGCCGAAGGCGUUUGUGAAGAUGAAGAUGCAGGCGGACGGUUUUCAGGGAGAGUGGCUCGACACGCCGGACGCCCCGGCGCCAGGUGGACUGUCCGCAGUGGUGCGGGCGUUCGUGGAUGAACCCGACUGA